CUUUCCGGUGUUGACGUUACUAGCGCCAGCUGUCAGUACACAUUAGCAUCCGUGCUAUCUUUCCCGGCGUGAUAUUUUUAGAAUUUUAUAAUGAAUUUUUAUAUUUUGCACUUUCUAUCGUAAUUAUCGCCAACACUGAAUUCAAACUAAGAUUGAACUAAUAUUUUGUCGCGUUUUCUAGUGUAUUUGUGUUUAGCUGUGCUCAGUAGUAAGGUCGCUGUAGCUGGCUAGCUGGCUAGCUUGUUGUUAGCUGCGGACAAAUCUGGUGCAGACAGGUUUUGCACUGCACACGCAGCUUCUCUUGUUUUGAAGUCAUUGUUCACGGGCGGAAAGUUGUAUCGUAUAUAAGGACUGUAAAGACCAUGCAGCUUUAUUACGGAGCCAAUAGUCAUUGCUUUAAAUUAUGCAUUUGCUACAUUAUGAAUUUAAAUCAGUAAAGUUGGACCACUAACAUUAUAUUUAGACGUAGAGUCACCCGAAUGCAUUUUAUCUUGAAUUAACGUUACCUCAUCUGUUGUGUAUUUAUGAGUUGCGUGGUGUAAUAAGUGUUUAUUGACAACGAGGCGAACGUUUGUUUGAAUCUACAAACAUGGAUAAGAAAUCAUUUGAUAUUGUCUUGGAUGAGAUAAAAAAGUGCGUCCUGACUGAUCAGCGGAUCAGAGCCAUAGAGCAGGUGCAUGGAUAUUUCUCCAGUGAGCAGGUGAUGGAGAUACUGAAGUACUUCUCAUGGGCAGAGCCACAGAUCAAAGCAGUUAAAGCUCUGCAGCAUAAAAUGGUUGCAAUCCCUACAACCAAAGUUGCAAAUAUCCUGAAUUGCUUCACCUUCUCAAAGGACAGACUGAUUGUCCUGGAAUAUAUAGCUUUGAACAUUUCAGAUGCUCAAAAUUAUCGCCCUGUGGAGGAUCUGUUUCGCAUACACUUGUCUGAGAAGAAGCGGGCUCGCAGGAUACUGGAGCAAGUGUGUAAGGUUGGCUGCAAAGCUCCUGUGGCCAUGAUCUCCUCCUGUGGUAUGAUACCAGGAAAUCCGUACCCUAAAGGCAGGCCCAGCCUGGUCAGUGGCACAUUCCCUGGAAUCCCUCCAGUGAAGAAAGAAGGCGAGAAGAAAGAGGACAAUUCUAACAAUAUGGAGGGGAAAGGAAUUGCUUCUCGGAUUAUUGGACCAUUCAAACCUUUCCCUUCAACCUACAACCCUCAUCGGCCUGUGCCCUACCCUAUACCACCGUGCCGACCCCAUGCUACCAUCGCACCAAGUGCGUACAACAACGCAGGCCUUGUUUCUAUGGGAGGGGUUAUAACUGCCAACGUGCCCCCUCCCCCCUACAACUCCACCCACAAAGUAGCAGGUUACGCCAAACCAGGCAAUCCGCAGAACACCACACCUGGAGUCAACAGCGGGCCCCUCCUCAUUCCUCAUGGGUCCACGCCUUCUACCCCUGUCCAACCCCAGACUUCAGCUGCUCAGCCUACUCCCACAACCCCUAUCACACCAGUUUUCCCCGGCAUGGUGCCCUCUCACAACCCUAAUGCCCCCUCUCCCUCCCCUGCUCCAUCGCCAUCUGUGAUCAGAGCAGGUCCACAGACCCCCAGCGGCCAUGCUACACCUACACCCUCGUCUGUCAUUAAAGCCCACACCCCUUCAGGCACCCCUUGUGGAACUCCUGUCCCCAGUAGCGGGGGCUUCUCCCCUUCCUCCUUCCAUGUCAUUUCCCGACCAGGCACCCCUGCUACCUCCCGCAGCGGCCCAGACCCCUUAUCUCAGACAACCCCCAUGGGCUCAGCUCAGCAGAAGGUUUAUUCCACAGAUCACCAGUCAGGACCCACCCUCCCUGGCAUACACCCACAAGCAGGUAACCCCUCUGCAUCAGUGAUCCGAAGUUACACCCCCUCUGGACCACUAUCUCUCACUCCAGGAUCAUCCACUCCGGUUAUUCCAAACUGUUCCACCCCAGGCCUCAGUCCAAAACCCUCCCCAGUUCAUUCUGCACAGGUUCAGGCUGCCAUGGUUGCAGCUGGAGUCAUGAACAGACACACAGGGGGUACUAACAGUGGCAGUAACAGCCCUGUGCCCUCUGCUUUCAAGGGCACCUCUCGCUCAUGCACACCGUCUGUUAGCUCUCUGGUGAUACCAGGUUCUGCUCAGGCUGCCCUGGCACGUUCCUUUGGUCUGUCACACCCCUCAGGUUCUCCUCAAGUCUCUCUCUCUAGUCCUGUUACAAUCACCGGCCUUCAAGCUCUAUCCUCCAGCCCAGCAUCUUCUCAUUAUCCUGGCCUGUCCCACUUUCCCUCCCUUUCUCCUUCCACAAUCCCUUCAUCCAUGCCUGCAAUGCCUCCCUCUACCAACAUUUCUAACCAUCCACCAACCUCCAUCUAUCCAGGCCUGGCUCCCAGUGCUGCCCCCAGUGCAGCCUCCGCUUUCGGUCUGGGCCUCACCUCUGCCCCCUCUAUAUUCCCAGGCCUUCCGCCUGGUCAGUCCUUCCCAGGAUUGGGGGUUUCAGGAGGGCACGGUGCCGGGAGCCCUGUGUUAUCCUCAUUCAUGGGACUACCAGGGGCCACUCCAUCUUCAGUAGCGUCGGUGGCACCACUGCAGGCAGCAGCAGCUGCCGCAGCGGCUGCAGCUGGAGUUCCAUCAUCAUCUGCAGUUUUACCAGGCUUUGCGUCUGCUUUCAGCUCCAACUUCCAACCUGGGUUGGGCAGUGGACUCCAGACUCCGGGAAGCAGCGGGUUCCCCAGCUUGCUGUCUUUCCCUGGGGUGCCAGGCUUCUCUCCCUCUACCUCCCCUGCUGCACUUGGGGGCCUCCACAACCAAGCCAUGCAGUCUGCCCUGCUGCAGGCUCAUCCAACUUCUGCAUUGGAGAGCUUUACUCCUCAGCCCAACAGUUUCACCAACUACCCACCAGGCCCAGGAAACCCCUUCCCCCUCCAGCCAGGCCUGCACCCCCAGCUGGGUUGGCAGUGAAACCCACAAUACACUUUGAAACACUGAGUAAACUUACAUGCCACCCUUAUCAUACACCCUGCCCUACCCCUCAGCAGUUGACACGUUUUAUUUUUUAACUCUGAAGGGCACAUUGCAGGUUGAGGAGUUUCAAUUAUGUGUAUGUUACAGACAGAAUUACUUACUACUGUGAGGAACACUAUUGUGAAAACAGUUGAAAUAGUGUGUGGGGGAGAUGGAAUAUUUCUUAUAUUAUUCAUAGUGUAAAUUACAGAUGUAAAUAUUAGUUGUCAAAGUCGUUAGGUUUUACAAGUAGACUGUGAUUGGUUUUAACUAUACUGAACUUAGCUGUUUUUAUCAAGUUUAUCAACAUUUAUUAGUGAAUAAUGAAUUAUAGAGAAAUUGUACAUGAAACCAUGUAAUGACUUGACAGUAUCCUCAUGUAGUAUUUCAUGUCCAGUCUCAGUGGAAAGGACAUGCUUAUGAUACUAAUUGCUUGUCCUGAAUUGAAUAUUGUAUUAUGAAAUUAAAUUUCACGUAUGGUAUAUUGAGUUUUAUGGCACACCAUGGAUAUUUUAAAUGCUUGCGCUGUCUCAAGGGUGGGAGUGUUGCACACACUUGGAUAUGGCAGUUUGACUCAUGUUUGUGUUAUUUUCAGUGAACACACACCCCUGGCUCAGUCGGCAGUUUACUGUAACUCACAUUGUGUGUCCCCCCUUCAAGUACUGUUAUUACAGUAUUUGACCAAAAUGUACUGUAUGCAGAUGUUUGUGAGAAUAACCUGAAGCAUUAAUUGAUUGAUACGUGGCCUUAACAUGUAAAAUGUCUGUAUUCUUCAGUAAUGCUUUGCAACAUUAGCGAAAACUGUAAUUUGCUAUACACCUCAGUACACUCAGAGACAGUUGAGAGUAAUAGACAUGUUUGUUACGCUGUUAUUUCUGUUUUGCCCUUUUUUGUAUUUGUUGGAUUUUUUUGUCAGUAAACUGCUGGUUGUUGUA